AAGUAUAAUGGGUUCAGAUAAUCUUCCCUACAUUAGAAAACUAGGUAGUCGGAAAAGUGAUGCAAAAUUGUGUAAAUUAUUGGCCAAUAAGACGACAGUCGUCAUAGUCAUGACAGAUUUCGUAACAGGGCGUGAUUCUUGUUUGCAUGGGUAUAUCACCUGUAUGUAAUCUUAUUAGUCUUAAUGUGCUCAUCAGUGAUUAUAGUAAUAUACCAAAAAAGUCAUGUAAAUCUUUGUGAACAUUAGAGCAUGAUAGAUAUCAAUUGUCAUAUAUGGUAGUUCACACAUAUUUUCAACACAUUGAUGCUCAGUAUUUGUGAAUUGAGCAGGUAUUGAUGAGAAAGCUGACCACCAUAGCACAGCAUUAAUAGGGAGAGUUACCAGACCAACGAAGCGCGGCUACAGUCGAGGGAUUGGAGGCAAAUACAAUUUAAUGUGCACAGACCAUCAAUAGCAGCCGCGAUGGAUCAUUUAUUGACAGUCUCCCCUCCCUCCUCUAUCUGGCAUCAUGGUAUAGAAGCUUACAACAAACUCAGCAGCCAUGUCCUGCCCACUGACGGUGGAGCAGAUCAGCCAUUGUAGGCGAGGCUCUGACAUUGACCUUCAGGCAAUAUUUCAAGGACAGAUAUCUGGCAAAAGACUCGAAGGAGUGAAAAGUAAUCCCAUUUAUCAUGAAAAACAAAAAAGUACUGAAACAACUGAAGUGUCAGCGAAUGAUUUUAACAUCACUGUGUACAACAGCUUUCCUUUAAAAAGGCAGAGAAAUGUAGAUUUUGGAGACCCCCCUUUUCUACCUUCAGGAGAAGAAAACCCUAACUUCACCGGCUCUGUUGUCAGGGUAACAGUUUCAGGCCAGGAGAAAGAUAUGCAACGGGAAAGUCUGAAAGUGACAAAUGGUGAGGUUGUUGUCGGUGAUAUCAUUUUAGAAACAGAUUAUAGAAACACUUUUCUUGAUGAAGAAGAUGUCAUAUUGGAAUUGGAGAAAAUGGCCAAGGGAGAGAACUUGCACAGUGAUUCUGAUGCUAGUGAUAAUAACAAUGUCCUGAGCAUGGACCAGAAAAAGCAAGCAGCAUUGCUUAAACAGGAACUGGAUGAAAUAAAGCUAGAAAGUGUCAAGGGUGUGAAUGAAUCUGAGAGAAAUGGAAAACAUUUAUGGGGAGGAAAUAAGAAUUUAACCAAUGGGAAUGCAACAGUAUUGAAUGGAAGUUUAAAAACAGGAGAGGAAAACUCUGAUUGGCCAAAUAUUGAUGAUUUGGUUGAAUCCAAAGAAACCAAUUCCUGUGAAACAGUGCAAUGUAAAAACGAACAACUACACAAGUCUGUUUCCCAUGGAGAGGAAAAUGGAACUUUACCUCAGGAAAAACAGAAUAGUGUUUUAACCAAUGGGAAACCAGACUCAAAUGGACUCCACAAUGGGAAAAUUCCAAAUGGAAACUUAAAACAUGAUGAAGUUGGUUUUCUAGAUGAACAGAAUGAUCCCAAAAAAUCAAAGAAAUCCAAGAAAAACUCAAGCAAGAAAAAAGUUAAAGAAAGGAAGAAUUCUCUUCCAGACCACAUCUUGAACUCUCUUGCUAUGAAACCUAAAAAGCCCAUCUUAAUUCCCACAUGUUCUGAUGCAAGUUCUAGUGCAAACUCUGAUGCAAAUCACUUAAACUCCUCUAUAACAGAGCAGAAAAGUGUCAAAUUUUCUGAUGACACAGUGUUCAAUGAAAACAAACCAAACAAAUAUCGCAAAGAGAAAAAGAACGGAACAGCCAAUUCUAACCCUGUGUUUGUGGAUGACAAUGGAUUUGAAAUCAGUCUGACGGAUGAUGAAAAAGUCCUACAUUUCUCUAACACUAGUGACACCAAUAGUCAGCUGAGUGAACUGAACAUCCCAGGUUACAUGAAGGAGUAUGUGAUAGGAUCAGGGGAUCUGCCCCCAGUCACAACAAGGACAUCGUUGUCCCGAGCAAAACUACAGGGAAUAGAGGACAUUGAAAACAUCACUAGCGAUGCCACCUACAAAGAUAUAGAUCGUGAGUUAGCCAAAAAACACCGGAGCAAAGUCAUUCGCCUGGUGCUUGCGUGUUUUGUUUUUCUAGCUGUCAUUGGUGUGGUUGUCUUAUUGGUGGUGUACUUUGGUAAACCACAGUCAAAAAGUUGACACAAAACUCCCCCUUCUUAUUUGUUAUAUUGUUAUAGUAACUGUCAAAAAAUGGAUUUCAUGGGGUAUUAUAUGAUGUAUAUAAAACUGUUAUGUAUUAUGUGUAGACGUGUUAUUUUUUGUGUUUAUUACGUGGUUUCUAUUUGUUUUCAUAGUUUAAAAUGCAAUUUAAUGCAUGUUUGCAUUUUUUAAAACUGUGAACCAUGCAGUCAGGUGGACUUCUGAUAUUAUUUGUGUAUAUUCUGGUAGCAAUCCAGUUUUGAUUGUAGGUUAAAUAAGCAUUUUUAUUAUUUCUUUGAUAAUAUUGACAUAAUUUGUUAAAGUUAACAAUUUGAAAAAAAAAAGUGGAAAACUUAGUAAUAGUUUCCUGUCAGGCAAAUUUCAAGGGAUGGAUAUAUAGAAGAGAGGUCAUUGACUAAAAUGAUAAAAUUUUCUUGGGGGCGGGGGGAUUGCUUCAUUGAAAAAU